AACUGUUACCAAGGUUUCCUGGGGUUCGGGCGGUGGCGCGACGGCGGCUUAGAGACGCGAACCGACCGAGAUCUUCCUAGGCUCGCGAGAACGCCCCCUUCUCUAGCGGUUUAGGGGACCCAGCGGCCGCGAUGGCCCCUGUGUCGGGUUCGCGCAGCCCUGAGGGAUCGGCCUCGGGCUCCGGGGGGAAGCGUCGCAGUUCGUCCAGGAGCCCUAAGCCCAGCCGAUCCGCCCGCUCCCCGCGGGGCCGUCGCUCGCGCUCGAGAUCUCGCUCGCACUCUUGCUCUCGGAAUGGUCUCAGCCAUCAGCUGGGCAGCUUCGGUCAGGGCUCGCGAAACCAGUCCUACCGUUCCCGCUCGCGGUCCCGCUCCCGGGAGCGGCCCUCAGCGCAGCGGGGCAGCACCUUCGCUUCAGCCUCCUCGACCGCGUAUUAUGGCGGCUACUCGCGCCCCUACGGGAGCGACAAGCCGUGGCCCAGCCUUCUGGACAAGGAGAGGGAGGAGAGCCUGCGGCAGAAGAGAUUAAGUGAGAGAGAAAGAAUUGGAGAACUGGGAGCUCCUGAAGUAUGGGGACUUUCUCCAAAGAAUCCAGAACCAGACUCUGAUGAACACACACCAGUGGAGGACGAUGAGCCAAAGAAAAGCACCAGUUCAGCUUCUACUUCAGAAGAAGAAAAGAAGAAGAAGAAGAAGUCUAAUCGUUCAAAAGAGAGGUCCAAGAAAAAGAGAAAGAAGAAAUCCUCUAAAAGAAAACACAAGAAGUACUCUGAUGACAGUGACAGUGACUCUGACUCUGACUCAGACUCCAGUGAUGAAGAUACAAAAAGAAGAGCAAAGAAAGCCAAGAAAAAGGAAAAGAAGAAGAAACAUAGAUCGAAGAAAUACAAGAAAAAGAAGUCUAAGAAGAAUAGAAAAGAUUCCAGUGAUUCAAGCUCUAAAGAUUCCCAGGAAGAGUUUCUGGAGAAUCCCUGGAAGGAUCGAUCAAAGCCUGAAGAACCCUCAGACUUAAUUGGCCCAGAAGCUCCAAAAACACUUGCCUCUCAGGAUGAUAAACCUUUGAACUAUGGCCAUGCGCUGUUACCUGGUGAGGGUGCAGCUAUGGCUGAAUAUGUGAAAGCAGGGAAACGUAUCCCAAGAAGAGGUGAAAUUGGCUUGACAAGUGAAGAAAUUGCAUCAUUUGAAUGUUCGGGUUAUGUAAUGAGUGGUAGCAGGCAUCGCCGAAUGGAGGCCGUGCGACUGCGGAAAGAGAACCAGAUCUAUAGUGCUGAUGAGAAGAGAGCCCUGGCGUCCUUUAACCAAGAAGAGAGGCGAAAGAGAGAAAACAAGAUUCUGGCCAGUUUUCGAGAGAUGGAAACAAUUUCUCAUUGUGCUACUCUCCCAUGGAUGGCUUAGCCAAUUACAUAUUAUUGGACACUCAAAAUCAACAGGCACCUGGAAGUACAUGCCCAAAACUCUUAUCAAUGACAGAGAUCAACAGCAGGCAGAGAAGCAGGCAGAGAGAGAGGAGGAAGCAGGCUCCCCACUGAGCAGAGAGCCCAACGUGGGGCUCGAUCCCAGGACCCUGGGAUCAUGACUUGAGCCGAAGGCAGAGGCCCAACCCACUGAGCCACCCAGACACCCCAUCAGCCUUUCACUCUUGAGCCCUGAAUUUGUCAUAUCUGGCCUCUCUCAUGUUGAGCUGUGGAAGAGCUCUUCUAGUCUUCAGGUCACUCUCAGAGUGAGUGAACAGGCGGCAUCUUAACAAAGAUCUCAAGAGAGGUAAGGUAUGAAACAUGAGAACAGAUCCCAAGGGAGAGGGUUCCAGGCAGGGAGCACUGACAGUGCAAAGGCCCUGAGGUGGGAGCAGGCCUGGCAUUUGAACAGGAAGGAGACAGGUGUGACUGCAGUUAGAAAGGUGAAAAGGGAGAAGGUAGCAGGCAAUGAUUCUGGGCGCUAGGUUGGGAGGGAAGAGGGGACUCGGAUCACUUCAAGCUCUGUAGGCCAUUGUCAGGACUGACUUUUGCCUUUUACUCAGAGUAAUGGGUUGCAUUGUUGGGGGAAAUUUUUCUGCUUGUUCUGUGUCCUAUUCCAGCCUGACUCACAAACCCUGGCUGCAGUAGGAAGAGGCUUUCGCCCGACUCCAAAGGGGGACAUUCUCCAGAGCAAGAAGGUCCAAGAGUAAGUAGUACUUUGCGCCAUGCACCUCGCUUCCACCUCACUGGGCCUUCCUCGGGCCUAGGGAACUGCCCUCAGGGCUGUAGGCCAUGACGGGCCGGCCUGAGAAGCAGAGACAACAGGAAGUUUCUCGAGGGUUGAGGAGUUUGCCUCCACCUGUUCCGGCUUGACUGUCUUCUGAGGAAAUACAGCGGGCAAGUAGGGACUGAGGAGAUACAGCGAGUAGGGAUUUCAGGUCAUGGUUGAACCCACCCCGCCAGGUAUGCAGGGCAACCUGGGUAAGCCGCUCCAAGAUAAGCCACACAAAUGGGUCAGAGCCAGGCAGAGGCAGAAAAGAGACAGGAAUUCACAGACAUGCACAUCACGGUGUGCAGGCAUGAUGUUCCAAAACCAACUCAGAAAGAUCCAUUGGCAUCCCCUCCAUUAAUACAAGAUCUCUGAAGUUGGUGACGGGAAACUCCUGGUUUGAAAGCCAGCCUGGGAAAAUGGCUUAGCCGGGCCUCUCGGAUUUGCCAAGGGAGAUGUAAGGUUAGGAAGAUACAAACAAGGAAAGACGACUGUGCCUCUCACCGUCGAGCCAUACCACUUUGAUCUUGGAGCCCAGAUGGGGGACAAUUGUUUACUUUUUAGUCACCUUUGAAAUCAUCUAGGGUUUCUGGGUCUGAAACGUUUCAUCAGAUGCUCCUUUUCAUUGUUCCUCGCCCUUGUAUACCCACCCGGAGCGGUCCGCUAACUUACCAGGACGAACUCCUCGAUCUGUUUGCGGCCCCUUUCUGCUGUGAAUUCACCGUGUGUGAUCCAUUUGAUGCUUUUGGUGGGCUUUUCAGCUUCUGCAAGAAAAGGAGGUGUACAAAUUAUAUAUCAUCUGCCAGAAACUAUCAUUUUUUACCAUCUCCUCUCCUGAGAUAAUAUACUUCCAUAAGUACUUGCUUUGGUGAACACUUGCAGAAAACUGUUCAGUUCCUCCUGACUUCUGCUGUUCCAUCAUAACGUGUGCUCCUGGUUUAGGAUGACAGAUGUGUCACAUCGGGAAACUCUCUGCUCCGGUUCUGGUAAGAGGUUUAUCAUAAAUGAUCACUAAAAUUUUCCAGAUGUUUUUAACAUCUGCGGAGAUGGUAAAACUUAAUCGUUCUUCGGGCUGUGGACAAGGGUUCGUCACAGUGCUAAGACUCUGCCCCCUUUUCUGUCUUUUUUCGAUCCUUUCCUCUUGAGUCUUGGAUUCUCUUUCUUUCCUGGCUACUGCUUAAGUCUCUUCACCUUUGAGAAAUCACUUCCUUCUAGCACAGCUAUGCAUCCCUGCGGCCAGUUGCAUGAGGGGUGCAAUAGCCAAGUGGGUGUCUCUCUCCAAAAGGAGCUUAUUAUUCUUCUGUAGUUACCGCUUCCAAUUUUGGGGUGUUUAAUGUGCCUUGUUUCAUUGAACUCAGCCCUACUCCAUGAAAUCGUGCACUAGACACCUUCCAUUUGCCUUUGCAGACCCACUCCUCCCGUGUCCCCUGCUCUCUGUCCUGGAAGGCCGAUCUGGCUGGACUGCAUCAGUGGGCUCCCCCCUUCCCUCUGGCUUCCAGGAGGUUCUGCACAAUGCGGAGACCAGGCUGAGGGAGGAGAAUGAGGGCAAGUGAUGUGUUCCCUGGGGAGCAGUCCGCCUUCAGGGUCCCCUGUGGCUGGAGCGGAUCCUGCUUGUCCCAGGGCAGGGAGUCUCACUUCUCAGCCCUAAGGACAGUUCUGCUCUCCCCUCAGCCCUGUUCUAGAACCGCCCCGACUGUUCUAGCCCCAGGGGAGCUGCACUUGCCCUUGCUGCCCUCCUGUCCGCCCACACCUUCGUAAACACUCCGUUCGCUUAACCCUUCUCUACCCGCACUGCUCUUAGUGUGCCAGGUUUCCUGGUGGGACCCUGCGACACAGAGAGACUCUUGUCACCACAUGAAAGGAGGAGGCCAGGCUCACGGCCAGACUCUCUGGCUCGGCGGCUGAUGCACUCAACUACCCCACUCUCUUCCCCCCAGGACUCCAGAGUCCGAAGCCCUCCUGAAGUCCAGAAUGUGCUCACUCGCUUUCUGUGAGCCUCUUCGAGGAGAGGCACCCUCUGCCCCCUUUCUCAUUGUUGGUUCCAGGGUGGCCUGGGGGCUGUCCAGGGCUGCCCAGUUCUGGGGGCCCUCAGUCCAGGGAUGGUCUGAACAGCCUUUCAAGCCUUGGGAAAUGCUGACUUGUGUUCAUUUGGGUCUUCAUAUUAGCAUCUGUGGCUCGGUUUGCAUGUGCCUCAGUUUCCUGUGGCUGCUCUCUGGGGGUGGACAAGGCCGUCUACUGGGGGAGGACGGAGUCUUCCCAGGCUGCCCGUCCCAGACAGCGAGGAGAGCCUGACGGGUGGCCAGUGAGGGAGUCCGAAGGCCCUCGAGCCUAGGGAACUGGCUGUCCCCAGCCUAAGAAUUGGGCCAAUUGGGCCACAGCAAUUUGCUAUAAACUUUGUAGUUAAAGACAA